AUGGGAAAUGUUAGCUUUGGGGUGAUCCUUGCUGUCUUGGCCUCACUCAUCAUGGCCAUCAACGCCGUUGUGGUCGUGGCGUUGGUACGGCUGAUCUGGAAAAGCGGCUGCCUUGGUCUGUGCUUCGUCUUAAACCUUGCUAUUGCCGACUCCUUGGUUGGCUUCACCAUCACGGGUCUGGUUGCUGAAGAGCUGUCCAGUUCUGAGCACCGGACCUCUCAAAAGUACUGCGUCCUGCGAAUGGCCUGUAUCACCUGCCCCUCGGCUGCCUCCAUCCUCACCGUUAUCCUGGUGGCCUUCGACAGGUACCUGGCCAUCAAGCAUCCUUUCCGGUACGUCAAAGUCAUGCGCAGUCCAGUCGUUGGGUCUUUUAUCGGAGGACUGUGGUUCCUGGCCUGCUUGAUCGGCUUCCUCCCGGUGAUUGCUCGUAGCUUCCAACAGCAGAGCUAUCAGGGACCGUGCACCUUCUUUGGAGUCUUCCAGCCCACCUACCUGCUCACUGUCUUCUGCGUCGGCUUCUUCCCGGCUUUCUUCAUCUUCAUCUACUUCCACUGCCACCUGCUGAAGAUUGCCUCUCUCCAUGUCCAGCAGAUUCGGGAACUGGAGCACAUCGGGUUGGCGGAGCCUCCGCCCUUGAGCGAAACCAAGGCUCUGCGCACGGUGGCCAUCCUCGUGGGCUGUUUUGCCCUCUCUUGGUCGCCCUUUUUCGUCGGGAGCAUGGUGCAGAUCACCUGCCGGCGCUGCGUCCUGCACCACCUCCUGGAGCGGUACCUCUGGGUGCUGGGCGUGUGCAACUCUCUGGUGAACCCCUUGGUUUACGCCUACUGGCAGAAGGACGUGCGCUUGCAGAUCUAUCAGAUGUGCCUGUGCGUGAAGAGCAAGGUCUUCCCGUUGUUCCGGGUGGACAGCCGCCCUCAUGCUCCCAGAGAGGCCGUGGCUUCGGUGCACACCAUCUCGCUGGCUCGGCUCGAAGAGUGA